UUACGCUCAUCGUUGGAAAUCCGCAGCUACGUCUGAAGAACCCAGAGGAACGUUGCACAGGAUUUUGAUCUUGCGCGUGUAGUACAGAGGUGUACAGCCCCUUAUUUACCUUAUUCCACCACGGAUAGUAGGAAUGCGUACGCGAUGUUCAAACCACCUCGCUAACUUGCAGAUCGCUGCGUCCAUACGUUUCUCCAAAGACCUCGCUCUUUUUCUGCCAUUAUAUUUUAUUGAAAACUGGGAUGCCUUUUACUACUAAACACCAAUUCCCUCAAUCGUCACUUGACAUCAGAGAGAUGUUCUGCAAGCAGGUUUCCCUUGUAUUGGCGAUGUUUUACGGUGCCGCACUUGUCGUCGCGAGCUCUGAGGGCUCAAAUCUGAACUCUCGGAGUAUCAGCGACAUCGAGACACGGGACUCGACCCGACCAAUUGCCGGUUUCAUAAUGAAAGUAUGGCCUGCAGUUAUUGGAGCAGCCUUGUAUGGAAUUUCUGGCCUCCUGCAUUGGAUCCAUUUCUUUCGGGUUGGCCAGCGCUACAUGUUGACUUUGACGAUUGGAAUGACAUUAAUGACAAUUGGGUUGGCUCUACGAAUUGGUGUCUCCCAUUCACCGUAUUCUCUGACACUCUACAUCGUGGAAGACCUGCUCGUCCUGCUUUCGCCUUGCGCCUUCCUUGCCACAGAUUAUAUACUUCUAUCUCGAUUGGCCAACAGUCUAGGACGCGACAUUGCCGACGACUGUUUGUUAAUACCUUCUCGUCGUAUCACCAAAAUAUUCGUGUGGAGCGACGUUAUCACCUUUUGGGUCCAGGCCUCUGGUGGAGGAAUGUCAGCAUCUGAAAGUCUGUCCUCGGCCGGAACGACAGUUGCAAUGGUGGGACUAGUCCUACAACUCGUCUCUUUCGCCCUCUUUACUUGUCUAUUGAUCUCGUUCGGGUUCAGAGUACGCACAAAAUAUCCCGACGCUUGGGAUGUACAAUCUUCAGUGCUGUCAGUUGCUGGUCCCUUCAAGACGUCCACGACUACCAACUGGAAAAUUCUGUACUACACCAUGUGUCUCACAUGCACAGGGAUUUUGACCCGAUGCGCCUUUCGUAUUGCUGAAUUUGCUGGCGGAUACAAUGGCUACUUGGCAACGCAUGAAGGGUACUUUUUCUUGCUUGAUACCCUGCCUUUGUGGAUUGCUAUGUCUCUCUACUGUUUCUUCUGGCCCUCCCGGUUCAUCAAUCAGGAUGAAAAAAACGUCCAAGUCCGUGGUUCACCCUUUUCGUUGGUCGAAGCCAAUAGAAACAAUGAUAAUUAUACGAGCUAGAUACCUGCAUAAAGGCUUUUUCUUUGUCGUUCUUUCUACUACUUUCCUUACUUCGU